AUGCUACAAAAAUAUUAUCCAUCCGGUCAUGUUGAUAUAGCACAUAGUCUUUGUGGAAUAGAACGUACUCACUAUGGACAAGGAAAGUAUGAUAAAGCCCUUGCGUUUCAGGAACAAGCGCUGAAAAUUCAACAGAGAUAUUAUUUUCCUGGUCAUGACGAUAUUAUUUGUACUCUAAGCCACAUUGGUUGUAUACGUAACGAACAAGGAGCGUAUAAUGAAGCUCUUGAUUUUCAUCGACGGGCACUAACACUUCAAGAGAAAUAUUAUCCAUCUUAUUCUGCAGGCAUCGCUGACAUUCUCAAUCACAUUUGUGAUGUACUAUUUAGUCAAUCAAAAUAUAAUGAAGCUCUUUCUUAUUGUUAA